AUGGCUGAAGUUCAGUCUAUAGCUAUAGAAGUAGAACCACAAGAUGACACUGAGAUAAUUAUAGUCCAUGGGAAUGAAAACAUUGAAGACAAUCCUACUGAAGACAGUAAAAAAGGCAGUGAUAUUGAUCCUAAGCUAAAGAAGCUACGUGCUAGAGGAAGGCCUGUUACUAUAUUAGUGGUUGGUCCUACUGGCUGUGGUAAAUCAACACUCAUCAAUGCAAUGUUUGGGAAGGAUGUAGCCGAGGUUGGACAUGGAGCAAGAGCUGUUACAUCAGAAAUAACAGCUCAUGAAGGAGAGUACAAAGGGGUUAAGAUAAAAUUUUAUGAUACCAUUGGGUUUGGUGAUACUGAAGGCAGAACUGAUUUUAAUAUUUUGUAUGAAAUUGAUGAGCAUGAUAAGUAUGAUCUAAUCCUCAUAUGUACCAAGCUGGAAGAUAGAGCUAAUCGUCGCAUGUUCUCAUCACUGGCUGCUGUGUUAAAGGAAGAGAUGUGGAAGAGGACAGUUGUUGUAUUAACACAGGCAAACCGAUUCAUUACACUUAGAACUGUUAGGAAUGACCCUGAGGCUGCAAUAAAAGAGAAAAUUGAGGAGUACAAAAAAUACAUUAUUGAAUUUCUUUCUGAAACUGAUCGUGUUAAAAAGGAAAUAUUGCAAAAAAUACCAUAUUGUAUAGCUGGAUUAGAAGAUGAAAAAGAGUUACCCUCUACAGACGACUGGUUGAAAACACUGUGGGACACAUGCAUUGCUCAUUGCAGUGAUGAGACUCGCUCUUUCUUGAAAGCAUAUGCAAAAUACCGUCAAGCCAUUGAAGUAGGAGCUGUUGUUGCCUCUGUUAGUGUGGGAACUGUAGCAGGUGCUGGUAUUGGAGCAGCAGUUGGUUCUGUAGUACCUAUUGUAGGUACUGCAAUAGGAGCUGGUGUGGGAGCUGGAGUAGGAGCUGGUGUAGGUGGAGUUUUUGGAGGUGGCACUUCUUCUGUUGGGGUUGCUAUAAAGCGUAUAUGGGAUAAAUUAAAAAAAAAAUAA